UGUAUGGAUGAGUGACCCAGAUGUGAUAUGGCGCUGUCCCGCGAUGAAAGACAGAGAGUCAGCGUGGGACCCAGGUCAAGUAACCAUCCUGAGGAUGAUGAGGAGGAGGAGGAGGAUUCGACAGAGGUAUACCUCAGUGUACUGGUUCACCAUGGGCAGGUGGGCCUCAGUUUUUAUGACAGUAAAGACUGUACCCUACAGUACAUGUCUGACACGGCGGAUGACCACAAUCUGAAACUUUUAGACAGAGUUGUGUAUGAAGUCAGUCCUACUGUGCUCAUCACCAGUGCGAAGCAGGAUCACAGCAUGACCCAGUUCAUCAAAGCGCUUGAGACAAACUCAUACAACAAACCAGAGAUAGUCCUGUAUCCCAAUGCUGACUUUGGAGUGGAGGCUGCCAAGCAGAGGCUGCUCUCAGCACACAUGCCUUUCAUCCCUUCUUCCAUCACAGAGAGAGAGAGAAUGCCUUACCUCUCUUCCUGUCUGCCUUUUGGUUCAACCCUCAUGGUGCGGUCAGUGGGAGCACUACUGAAAUGUCUUGAGAGGCGGCGAGUUGGGGUAGAGUUGGAGGACAGCAGUGUAGGAGUUCCUAUUCUUCAGUUCCGGCCAUAUACACUGAAGGACAUUGUAUUUGUGGACAAGGAUACGUACAGUGUUCUCCAGAUCUUCAAGUUAGAGUUGCACCCCUCUGUAUACAAGCUGCAAUCUGGAGAAAAGGAGGGGCUCAGUCUCUAUGGGAUAUUAAAUCGAUGUAAGUGCAAGUUUGGCUCCAGAUUGCUCCGUCAAUGGCUGAUGCGGCCCACAAGAGACAUGAGUGUGCUGACCAGGAGGCAGGAGGUGGUGCGCUUCUUCACCUCUCCACGCAACGUUGAUGUGCUCAGCACUCUGCAGGGCUGCCUUCGUAACAUCCAAAGUAUUCCGACAUUGCUACACAGGAUGACUCUGUCUCACACUAAAGUCAGUGAUUGGCACUGUCUCUACAAGACAGUUUACAGUGCAGUGUGUAUUAGAGAUACAGUCCGCUCCCUGCCUCGGACUAUCCGGCUGUUCCAGGAAAUAAGUGUGAGUUUCACAGAGGAUCUCUACCACAUCGCCUCCCUUAUUAGCAAAGUGGUUGAUUUUGAAAGCAGUUCAGCUGAAAAUCGCUUCACUGUCAAAUCAAAUGUAGACCCUACAAUUGACGAAAAGAAGCGAACGAUGAUGGGGCUGUCUGACUUCCUGACAGAAGUAGCUCGCAAAGAGCUGGACAACCUGGAUUCACGGAUCCCUUCCUGCAGUGUCAUCUACAUCCCUCUGAUAGGGUUCCUGCUGUCUGUUCCUCGCUUGCCUAGUAUGGUUGAGAAAGAGGACUUUGAGAUCGAAGGGCUUGACUUCAUGUUCCUGUCGGAGGAACGUCUGCACUAUCGCAGUGCAAGAACAAAAGAGCUAGAUAACAUGCUGGGAGAUCUGCACUGUGACAUCAGAGACAUGGAGACUGCCGUGAUGACCCAGCUGCAAGCCACAGUCCUCCAGCACAGUGACUGUCUCUUAAAGGUCCUACAGCUGAGUGCAGAGCUGGACUGUCUGAUGGCUCUUGCCCAGGCCUCUCAGGAGUACAAUUACUGCUCACCUUUUCUGUCUCCACACUCCCGGUUGUCCCUCAUCCAAGCCAGACACCCUCUGGUGGAACUGUGCACACCCAUGUUUGUGUCCAACCCGUUGUCCAGCUGUGAGAGAGAGGGAAAAGUGAAAGUCCUGACUGGACCCAACUCCUCGGGGAAGAGUGUCUACCUUAAACAGGUUGGAUUAAUUGUUUUCAUGGCCCUGAUCGGGUCUAAUGUCCCAGCAAAAGAGGCAGAGAUUGGUUUGGUUGACUGUAUCUUCACUCGGAUGCAAAGUCGUGAGUCUGUGUCUGUAGGGAUGAGCACAUUCAUGAUUGAUUUAAAUCAGAUGGCAUUUGCUCUGAACCACAGCACUGGGAACUCCCUGGUCUUGAUUGAUGAAUUUGGCAAAGGAACCAACACGGUGGAUGGCCUGUCUCUCCUGGCAUCCUGCCUUAGCUUCUGGCUCAUGAAACCCCCAUCUCACUGUCCACAUGUACUGGUAGCCACCAACUUUCACAGCCUGCUUCAGCUGGGCCUGUUGCCUCCCUCCACUCAGCUCUCCCCACUGACUUUGGAAACAGCAGUAGAUGGAGAGGAGUUGGUGUUCCUGUAUCAGCUGAGGCUAGGUAUUUGCCAGUCAAGCUAUGCUGCCAACAUUGCUGUACUGGCUGGCCUGCCCCACACAGUAAUACAGAGAGGGCUGGAGGUGUCAGAGCUAUACAGAACAGGCCUGGCUGUUAAACGCAUUGACCGACCCUCGACCGAAGAGCAGGCCAAAAGGUAUUUAAGAGUUGUAGAACAGUUCCUGAGCCUGGAUUUGGAGGACCCAGCAGUAGAGCUGCAGUUGUUCAUGCAGGAACUACUAUCCUCUGCUGGAAAUGCAUAAGUCACUUAACCAGAUGAGUUACACUUCUGUUUACAGCCUGCCAAAUACCACUAUAUACAAGUACUAGUAUAAACAGUUUGUUUUCUUGCAUUCAAACUUCACUCCCCGUAGAGGUGAAAGUUGUGGAUUUAUGACCAAGGGAUUCUGAGACUACAUUGUUUUCAACAGAAUUGUACAUAAUAGGGUAAAGUUCAUACCCACUUUAGAAUGUAAAAUACAUGACAUAAGUAUGGAUGCACCUCCAUAGAUCUCCCCCAUGAAAAUAGAGCCAGCUACUUUCAAACACAAUGUCUUUAUAUCUAUUCUUGAAACAAGGGAGCUGUACUUAAACAGUAUGAAAAAUAAAGGUGGAGGGGGACCCACAAAAGCAGCUAGACAUUUAUUCAACUGAGUUGAUAACUGCACUAUACACCAAUAAUUUUUACAUAAAUGAGUUGUUUACACUUCAUUUUGCACUGAGUGUGCACAUAAAUGCUACAUAAGCCAAAGACACUUACUCAAUUUGUUGAAAUAAACAGAAGAAUGGACAGCCCUUGUUAAAUCAGACAUUUUAUUAAUCUUAAUUUUCUGAACCAGAAGUGCAACUGGGACAAGUAUGGC